UUUUAUAUAAAAAAUCAAAAUUCGAAUAUUUUUUAAUAUGACAUGGCAUGACGAAUGUGAAAUGCACUUUCCACUAUAAAACUAAUAUUAUAAUUUUAGGGUGAAUUUAGUUCACUUUAAAUAAGAUUAGGGGGUAAAGAAUUAUAUUUAAAGUUACAUGUUAAAGUAAAUUUUACUGCAAAGUUUGGAGGAGGUUUGGUAUAUUUAUUAUUAGGUUAUUAUUAUUAUUAUUAUGAAUAUAUAUAAAUAAUUUGGUUUGAACUAAAUGAACAAAAAUUUAAACCGAAGAGUGAUCCUGCUGGAGACUUGAAGGCACAAUCAGAAGAAGCUAAUUUCCUCUGAAAAAGUAAGCUAAUCCAUUUCAUUUCUUUCUCUUAUAGUUUGGGUGUUGUGAUUAGAUGACAAUGUGAACAGAUUCUUCGUUUUUGUAAAUUUCCUUCGUUUGAUGUUUUCAUGCCUUGAGUGAUUUGGGUUUUCUCUUUCGUUUCUUUCUUUCUCUCAUUGUGAGUGAGUAAUUUGGGUUUAAGCUUAUUUUUGUAUUCUAAUUUUGGUAUUGAAAUGCAUUCAGUCAAGAAAUUUUAGGGUUAUUCACUAAUUUCAUUUUGGUAUGUGAACACUGAGUUUUACUUGUUGAUUUUCUUGGAGAUUUCUCUUUUGUUUUUGUUUUACAGAAAAAUGACGGAUCCAAACCAGUCUGUUCUCAGCAAACUCCCUAAUAAUGUAAUUGAUGAGAUUCUUAUACGUUUGCCUUUUCGAGAUGCUGUCUGCACAAGCAUUUUGUCAAAGGAAUGGAGAAAACAUUGGUGUAGACUUCCACAGCUUACGCUUGACUCCGACUUUUGGAAAUCUAAAAAGGACCUUACAGGUGAUAAAAGAGCUACCAGUAACUUUACAAUGACUAUCCACAACAUUAUCACCCGCCAUUCAGGACCACUUACAAAGUUUACCCUUUGCAUUCAGUAUUGGGAAAUCUACCCUCCUAUUGACAACUUAUUAUAUUUCCUCUCUCGAAACAGAAUCCAACACCUUGUUCUUAAACUUCCGAGACAAUUCAAAUUGCCACCUUCAUUUUUCACAUGUUUGCAUUUGAGGCAUCUGUUUCUCCAAAACUGUUUAUUACUUCCUCCACCAGACUUCAAGGGAUUUGAUAGGUUAAUUAGACUAGAACUGCAUGAGGUUACCAUUUCUUCCAAGUUGCUUGAAAGUUUGAUUUCUAAUUGCUUGUUGCUUGAGCAAUUGGUGCUAAGGAUCUCAGAUACGUUAAGCGACAUCAUUGAAAUUAAUGCUCCCAUGCUGAAAUCUUGUGACUUCACCGGCGAUAUGACAACUAUCUGCUUAAAAUGUGUCCCUCGUUUGACAGAACUUUCUCUGAGGUAUUAUCGUAAGGACUGGAAAGAAUUUGAUGUUGCAAAUUUUUUAACAUCAAACUUUUUUGAGUCAUGUCCUGAUCAUCUCGAGCAUCUUCACUUGGAUUAUGGGGUCAUUGCUAAAGGCCAAGAAAUACCGAAAAAGCUUCCCUUUGAUCUGUUGUGUGUCAAACAUCUUUGCAUGUGUAUUUAUCUUGACAGGGAUGAGAUUCUGUGUCCUCUUUCGUUGAUAAGAAGCUUCCCAUUUUUACAAUAUCUAGAAAUUCAGAUGGAGCAUAAUUUUAAGAAGAAUAUGCCGGCUCUAGAAUGUCUUGAAAUGGAAGCUUUUCCAGAUGUGAUAUUCGAACAUCUAAGGGAAGUGACGCUAAUAGAAGCUAAUGCGAGUAUACGGGAGAUGCAACUUAUCAAGCUUCUGUUAGCCAUGUCUCCGGCGCUAGUGAAAAUGGUAAUCAGUCCUCACAGGUUUUUGGGAAAAUCUACUAUAGUCAAAACACUUACUAAGCUAGCAGAAUUUGAGUGUGCACCUAAAGCAGAAAUUUUCCUUAAACUAGUAUAAAUACCAUCAUGUUUUGGAUGUUGAGAUUAAGAGAUAGAAGUGAAUGUUGAUGCAGUAUAAAACUUGUGUUUUGCUUA